GGAGACGAGCCAAUGACGUGUUUGGUGCAGGCAGUCUGCGUUUGUGACACCUUCUGGUGGGUGGAGUAUGGAGGCUGGCGGUGGUGGAGAGAGAGAGAGAGAGAGAGAGAGAGAGAGAGAGAGAGAGAGAAGAGGGGGGGCGGGGGGGGGGACGAUGCUGCGAGGGACCGGGAGAAUGAAAGCACGAGGAUGAUGAGAUGUAGCGGCGUCGCAGCCAGAGGACUCUUUCACUUUCACUCCUCGCCCGCCUCCCCCUUCCUUCCCUCCCCCCACCCCACCCAGGCCCCCACAUCCCCACGUGAGUCAUGGAGGAGAUUUAGCCAAGAGAGGAGUCGCCGCCGCCGCCACCGCACAGUGACGCUCCCUCAUUUCUUCCUCUGGCUGACUUUAUCCACUCUGCCUAAGCACAAGGAAGACCCAGUGGACUACUGGAUAAGGCUGAACAAGACAGCGGACCUGGCGCUUGACGGCCUCCGCAGACAAGGUGGUUCCCAACAUGCCCAAUGCCAGGCUUCAGUGCCUGUGGUGCAAAAUCUCCAACAGUCGGAUGAAAGACUUCUCACUCGCAUGGUCGACAUGUCUCAGGAGGUGAUGGAGAAAAUGCAGGUGCGCAACACCUCUUGUCCAAUUCGAGGUGCAGGGUUCCAACGUGCUGCUCGUGACCGGCAGAGCAGAGAGGCAGUUUGUAAAGUGCUGUCGACUCCCCCGACACCCGUGGAGACACCCUUCCGACUAUCAGUGAGAAACAAGACGAUGAGGUGCUUGUGGAAGUGUGUGGACAAGAUGAGGUGCUUGAGGAAAAGAUCCACGCUGCCUCUGCUGGGCCUCCUCGUCUUCUUCAUGCUGCUCUUCAACCUCUACAUGGAUGACGGAUCUAUGCUGGAGUCUGAGAAACGUCCGCUGUGGGACAGGCUGGCGCGUCAUACGAGCUCCGAGCGAUACGUCCGCACCUUGGAGCACAUGUCCAACUUCUCCGGGACCAUCAACGUGACGUAUCGCUACCUCGCCGGCGUUCCUCUCCCCAGGAGAAAGUACCUGACCAUCGGGCUGGCGUCGGUGAAAAGGAAGCGAGGGAACUACCUGCUGGAGACCCUCAAGUCCAUCUUCGACCAGUCCAGCUACGAGGAGCUGAAGGAGAUCGUGGUGGUGGUCCACCUGGCCGACUUCGACUUGGUCUGGUGCGAGAACUUGGUGCGGGAGAUGAGCAGGAAGUUCGGCCACCACGUCAUCGCCGGCCGCCUACUGGUGAUCCAGGCCCCGGAGGAGUACUAUCCAUCCCUGGAUGGUCUCAAGAGGAACUACAACGACCCCGAGGACCGCGUGCGCUUCCGCUCCAAGCAGAACGUGGACUACGCCUUCCUGCUCAACUUCUGCGCCAAUCUGUCGGACUUCUACCUGAUGCUGGAGGACGACGUGCGCUGCUCCCGCAACUUUCCGACAGCCCUGAAGAAGGUGAUCGCCUCUAGGGAAGGUUCCUACUGGGUGACGCUGGAGUUCUCCAAACUGGGCUACAUCGGGAAGCUCUACCACUCCGGGGACCUGCCCCGCCUGGCCCGCUUCCUGCUCAUGUUCUACCAGGAGAUGCCGUGCGACUGGCUCCUGGGCCACUUCCGGGGUCUGCUGGCCCAGAAGGACGUGAUCCGCUUCAAGCCCUCACUCUUCCAGCACAUGGGCUACUACUCGUCCUACCAAGGAGAUGUGAACAAGCUGAAAGACGACGACUUCGAGGAGGACUCGCUGGACAUACCCGACAACCCUCCGGCCAGCCUCCACACCAACAUCGACGUCUUCGAGAACUACGCCGCCGCCAAGGCCUACAGCACCGUGGACGAGUACUUCUGGGGGAAGCCUCCGUCCACCGGGGACUUCUUCGUCGUCGUCUUCAACAAGUCGGCCAGAAUCCGUCGGAUCCAGGUGGUCACGGGCACGGAGGAGCGCCGGAGCGAAAUCCUUCACCGCGGCGCCCUGGAGGUGGGUCGGAGGAGCGUGCCCGGCAAGCAGGGCAGGCAGUGCUCGUCCUACAUCACGCUGGGGGAGUUCAAAGACGGGAAGAUUGAGGCCGUCGACGUGGACCGCAAGAUCGGUUUCGACAUCGAGUGCGUGCGAAUCGUGGUGACGGCCGCUCAGCAGGAAUGGAUCAUCAUCAGAACUAUCAGUCUGUGGACCGCUCAGUCUUGAUCCUUCCUGUCUUCCUUCUGCCAUGCCUUCAUCAGAACCGUUGAUAUUUUCUGGGCUUCACAGGUGCAUUUUGCUUUUCAAACAUUUCUCCCCCGAGGUGUUUGGGCCACGAGGGGAAAACCAAGGACGCGUUGGGUCUGCAUCCAUCGAAGGGCGAAUUCGAAGGCCGCUUACGUCACGACGCAGCACGAAGGCAGUCCCAAUUCUUUCAAAUUCGAAAGAUCCUCCAAAUGCGCCAUAUCCCAAGAUGCUUUGCGCGCCUUUGUUCAACCCAAAUCUUUUUGACGAUGGCGGAAAAUACAGUGGGGCAAAAAAGUAUUUUGUCAGCCACCGAUUGUGCAAGUUCUCCCACUUAAAAUGAUGACAGAGGUCUGUAAUUUUCAUCAUAGGUACACUUCAACUGUGAGAAACAGAAUGUGAAGAAAAAUAAAAGGAAUUCACAUUGUAGGAAUUUUAAAGAAUUUAUUUGUAAAUUAUGGUGGAAAAUAAGUAUUUGGUCACUUCAAACAAGGAAGAUCUCUGGCUCUCACAGACCUGUAACUUCUUCUUUAAGAAGCUCUUCUGUCCUCCAAUCGUUACCUGUAUUAAUGGAACCUGUUUGAACUCUUUAUCUGUAUAAAAGACACCUGUCCACAGCCUCAAACAGUCAGACUCCAAACUCCACUAUGGCCAAGACCAAAGAGCUGUCGAAGGACACCAGGAAAAGAAUUGUAGACCUGCACCAGACUAGGAAGAGUGAAUCUACAAUAGGCAAGCAGCUUGGUGUGGAAAAAAUCAACUGUGGGAACAUUUAUCAGAAAAUGGAAGACAUACAAGACCAUUGAUAAUCUCCCUCGAUCUGGGGCUCCACGCAAGAUCUCAUCCCGUGGGGUCAAAAUGAUCAUGAGAACGGUGAGCAAAAAUCCCAGAACCACACAGGGGGACCUGGUGAAUGAUCUGCAGAGAGCUGGGACCAAAGUAACAAAGGUUACCAUCAGUAACACACCACGCCGACAGGGAAUAAAAUCCUGCAGUGCCAGACGUGUCCCCCUGCUUAACCCAGUGCAUGUCCAGGCCCGUCUGAAGUAUGCCAGAGAGCACAUGAGGAGAAGGUCAUGUGGUCAGAUGAAACCAAAAUAUAACUUUUUGGUAUAAACUCAAAUCGUCUUGUUUGGAGGAAAAAUAAUACUGAGUUGCAUCCCAAGAACACCAAACCUACUGUGAAGCAUGGGGGUGGAAACAUCAUGCUUUGUUAAGGAAAGAAUGAAUGGGGCCAUGUAUCGUGAGAUUUUGAGCCAAAACCUCCUUCCAUCAGUGAGCGCUUUGAAUGGUUGACCAAAUACUUAUUUUCCACCAUAAUUUACAAAUAAAUUAUUUCAAAUUCCUACAAUGUGAAUUCCUGGAUUAUUUUUUUCACAUUCUGUCUCUCACAGUUGAAGUGUACCUAUGAUGAAAAUUACAGACCUCUGUCAUCAUUUUAAGUGAGAGAACUUGCACAGUCGGUGGCUGACUAAAUACUUUUUUGCCCCACUGUACAAGCAGCGGCACCAGCAGCGAAUACACUUUCAAAUGUAAGUAUCCUCCGCAGGCCAGACUGUCCCAUUUAACAACGGGUGACGCCUCCUUCUGAGGCGGCGUAGGCUGGGGUCCUCCGAAGAAUGCAGACCCUGAAUUGGGACACAGCUAAUUUCUCCCGGCUGGCCUGGCAACCCCUCGGGAGCCCCCGGCAGGGGUAGGCUUCUCUGCUUAGGCUGCUGCCCCCGCGACCCGACCCUAAAUGGAAGAAGAUGAACGGACCACUCCUCCCAUACAGAGUCCAACCUUUGUACUUCAUUUUCCUAAUAUAAAAAACAAAUUGUUUGUA